UCAGCCUUGACAGCCCCGAAGCUGCAGAGCCUGGACCAUGGACCCCGGAGACUGUACCUGCAUGUCUGGAGGCAUCUGCAUCUGUGGAGACAACUGUAAAUGCACAACCUGCAACUGUAAAACAUGUCGGAAAAGCUGCUGUCCCUGCUGCCCCCCGGGCUGUGCCAAGUGUGCCCGGGGCUGCAUCUGCAAAGGGGCGUCGGACAAGUGCAGCUGCUGCCCCUGAAACGCCCCCAGCGUGCCAGGGACGUGUGUCCUGGGCACUAGUGGACAAGUUAGAACGAUUGUACAGAAGUUUGUGCUUUUUAUAUUAUGUAUCCUGGUGUUGGUGACAUUCACAUAAAUGCUGGGACCAAUAAAGUUUUCACUCGUGG